AUGUCAGAAUUGUGUUCGAAUUUGAAACGACACCUAUAUUUGUUGAUUGAGGUUGAACGCAAUGGUGCUGCAUCUGGAUCGUCGUUGGCUGCAGGAGUGAGAAUAUUGGAGGUGAACGAUGAAUCGCUGUUGGGUUGUUCGCAGGAUGAAGCAGCUCGGGUGUUGAGACGUUCCGGUGAGAACGUUCGGUUGUUAGUUUGUGAUGCGUUCACCACAUGCACACCUACGACUCCUUCAAAUGUUAGUUUGUUUCUGAAACGUUCGUCAUUUUAA